AAAACAUAUGCGUUAAUGUUUAAAAACUAGGGUGAAACAAAUUUUUUAUCCACUUGAUCAACUCGGUUUCUGCGAUGCUCUGUAGGAACCUGCAACCAACCAACCAAGCAUGGCGUUGACCUUACUAAAGACAGCUAGUAAGGUGGCAAUUGGAGCUGGGGCCAUGUACAUCACCAUCGACUACGGUGUGUGGGGCAACAGCAAUCAAGCAAGUGAAUCUCUCGAACACUUCAAGCGUGUGAUUUCGCCAGUAUCUAGUGAAUAUUUGAAAAAGAGCACUGUUCCAGAAGCUACGUGGAAAUCAGAAGGAACAGGUGUGAAGAACGUAGUCAUAGACAGAUGGAACAAUGGUGUGAAGAAGACGUUCUCCUAUUUGUAUGACGCCCCAGAAACAGCCUGUAAAUACAUAAAACAAGGAUAUGCUUCUUUAACUUCAAAAUAACGCAAUCACCGACAAGUGUGUGUGUGUGUUUUCAAAUAUCAGAUGUUAGUGCGGAAAAUGGAACACUACAUGGAAAUCAACUCAGAGAUUUUUCAAUCCUGGGGCUUUUCAAGAAUACAAUGUACCGUGAAACCCCUCUAAACCGGACACCCUAGGAACCAAGGAAAAUAUCUGAUUAAAAGAGACUUCUGGUUUACAGAGGGUCCAGUUUUGAAGGAGUUCUGGUUUACAGAGGGUCCAGUUUUGAGAGGUUUCACUGUUCAUCAUGCAAGCAUUAUAUUUGGAGUUUUUUGUUUUUGGAUUCCACUAGAAUUGUUAAAUGAUGUAAUAAUAAAUAUUUUGGGAUUCCAUAUCAUAAUGUUAUGCUUGGAUUUUAGAUUCGUGGAAACACGGAUUCAUGGUAAAUUUGCAGCCAGAUUAUGGGGUGGGUGUAAGGGCAGGAGGCAAUUUUGUUUUCACAGCAGCAGAGCCUAGUUUCAAUCCAUGAAAAUGGGCAAUCUACAAACAAAUGGUUAGUUUACAAACGUGUAUCACAUUUGGGUAAAGUUACAAUAGGGUGAGAAUCUGUGGCAUUGAAAUGAGGAAAUAUCCUUCAAAAAUAGACUACAGCUAGUCUCCUUAACCGUUACUUCUCAGAGGUACUUAUGUUUUUAAAAAUAUGAAAAAUGUAUUUUAUGAUAUUACAAAGAAACAAACACUUCAGAUGUACGGAAAUGGAUAAUCUAAACAGUAAAAUCUGAGUAAUGUCUGCUUUGAAUUACCAAAACCAGCUCUACUAAUAAAAAAACAUGCCACUGUAUAUAAAACUAGGGUCUGUCACUUUAAAGAUAAAAUUAGAGCAGAUACACCAGGGAUAAAGUAAUAAAUUUGGUGCUAUAUACAAAGCACCUCCAUCAGGUGAUCACGUCUGGAGUAAGCCUAGUUGAAAUCUCAUCUUUCACAACUUUGAAUUGCUCUUCAUUGGUACGAUUUGACACUAGAGCACUAUUCUAUGGGAUGGGAUGGGAACUCGUUUAACGUGCCCAUAUCCAUUACGGUUCAGGCACGCCCACCACGGGUUUGACCUCUGGCAUCCUCGGGACUAUUUUAUGUCUUUGUGGCCUUUCAUCGCUGUUUAAAUGCUAGCAGGCUUAUUAGCCCUGUUGGAUUGGCUGAUUGAAAGGUUCUUUAGUCAAGUUUAGACACGUGCCAUGGUCUAUUGAUAAUUUCAAGAUUUAGAGUUGGUCCGAUCUGGUUUCACGUAGGAUAUCAGUUGGAACAUUAGAUGUUGUUAAGAUUUGUUUUGAGAGAGGAUAUGAACUAGAACAUUACUGUCAGUAAAUUCUGGUUGUAUUAAGUAGUUUAAAAGACAAAAUAUAGGUACCUGUUUUUGAGGCAACAUUUUGCUAGGACAUUUUAAGGUCGGAUCCUAGUCAACUGUCUUCACUAGAAAAAUAGAAAUUGUUGGGUUGUGGGAAAGUGAUUUACCUAGUAUGCAAUUAUUUAUCAAACAUGUUUAAUAGUUUGUGGGGGGGAGGGGGGAAUAAUAGUAUGAACAUUUCUUCUUUAAAAUAUGAGUUUUGUUCAGGAGGUGUGUUUUAACGCAGAUCUGUAGAAUAAUCAAUGUGAUAUGAUAGACAAUUCUACCAGUCCAGAUAUUUUCGUAAUUCGAGUUAGCCAUACGUCAUUGGUUUGUUGCUCUUACUAUUAAACGUAAUCUUGUAAAUUAUAGAUUGUCGGGAUGUGAAGACUGCGUCACUUGUUUGUUGCUCUUGCUAUUGUUAGAAGUAAUUAUGUAAAUUAAAGAUUAUCGGGUUGAGAAAACAAAGGUGGGUUUUCGGUGUUGUAUCGCAUUGUAACAGACCGACACAUAACUGGAACUUUAUAGUUGGUUUAUCAUUAAUUAAUGAUUGAGCAUGUCGUUUGCUUUGGUGUAUUAUAAAUGUGUUUGUAAAUAAAGUAUAAAACGGA